GGGACGCAGCGGAGCCGCCGGUGCGCCGCGCGCUGCGCUCGGUCUGCCAUGUCAGCCGCAGUCUGCAGGCGGGAUGGGAAGAGGAGCGCGAGCUGCGCGUGCACUUUCUGUGGAGCACGGUCAUUAAUUGUUACCUGAAGACAAUUAGGCGGCAGUUUGCGCGGAGGAAGGAGGAGAAGGAGGAAGAGGAGGAGGAGGAGUGCGCGCUGAGCAGCAGCCGGUGGAUGGUGCGCCAUGGAGAAGAGGAGCAGACUCCGAGCCAUGCUGAUGUUCAUGUGGCUUUUCCAAGGUGACACCCAGAAGGUGGAGAUCCCCAGGAAGGAGAUGGAGGUGGUGCGGGGCCAGAUGGUGGUGUUGCAGGCCUGGUACAGCCCCAACUCGGACAUCUCCAGGAACUCCGUCAUCUGGCAUUUCACGGGGAACGAGUCUAAGCAGGUGAUCAACUUCAGCUCAGGUGAGGUGGGCUACGGCAAGAACGAGUUCACCAAGCGGGUGGGCUUCAGCGUGGCCAUGCCCUCGGCCAACCUCUCCUUCUACAUCAACAACACGCAGGAGUCCGACUCCGGCCGCUACGUCUGCAAUGUCAUCGUCCGCGACGGUCCUGGCCUUUCCGGAGAGAUCCGCCUUAAUGUCAAAGUCCCGCCUUCUCCCCCGGUGUGCACCAUGACGGGAAACCCGGUGGUGAAGGGCAACGUGACCCUGAGCUGCCAGUCCAGCCACGGCAAACCGGCCCCGCAGUACAAGUGGACCAAGGCCGCCCCCAUGUCCGAGGUCUUCUUCUCCCCCAUGCAGAAUGAGAGGCACGGCACCCUCAGGCUGAGCAACCUCACCAAAGGCAUGUCGGGGAAGUACAUCUGCAGAGCCAGCAACACGGCCGGCUCCGACAGCUGCUCCAUCAACCUGGAGGUCAUCACCUCCUCCAACGCAGGCAUGAUCGCGGCGGCGACUCUGGGCUCCGUGGUGGGGCUGGUGGCCAUGGUGCUCUUCCUCAUCUUCAUCCUGAGGAGGAGGCGGGACACCGAGGAGGAGAUCGCCAAUGAGAUCAAGGAGGACGCUCAGGCGCCCAAGAGAGUGUCGUGGGCGAAGAGCAACACCGGCUCCGACAUCAUGUCCAAGAACGGCACCUUGUCCUCCAUCGCCACCAGCCCCCGGCCUCGGGACCCCCACCAGCCCGGCUACCACUACCCAUACUCCCCCAUCUCGGCGUCGGACACGGGUUCGGUGAUCAACGCCUACCAGCUGCGCCCCGGCGAAGCCAACGCGCUCCAGGGCCUCCCCGGCUACAACCACGGCGGCACGCCGUCGCGCAAACACAAGCGGCCGCCCAGCGCCAACGGGGGCCCCCCGCAGGUCCUCAGGAGCCCCGCGGCGGCCGUCCCCAACAGGACUGAGGGGGCCCAGCCCCAGGUGGGCCCCCCCCUCACCGUGGCCCCCCAGAUCAGCUCCUCCACUCUGACCCGCAUGGGAGGGGUGGCCGUCAUGGUGCCUGCUCAGAGCCAAGCUGGCUCUCUGGUGUAGCGUCUCCGCCGGCGAGCGGGACGACGGACGGACAGACAGAGAGAGUAUGCCUUGAAGUGGAAAGCACUUUCCCCCCCGGCCGCCCCCCCCGUGGAGACCUGUGACGCGGCGAGACGGGGGGGCCGCCGCCUGAGCGAGCCCUCCCGUCCGUGUGACAUUGACUCAGUGCAGUGUUCCUCGUUCCAGUUUCCUUUUCUACGCUGCGUUCGGCCUCGCCAGAGAGACAGACAGAAAUAUUCUAUUUUUAUUUACACGCGUAGAACGAGACCAUUAAAAUAGUAUCCAGCUGUGUUUUCAAAGUUCUAGGCAGCACUGCGUCUUCAUCUCCAUUCUUUAUUUAAAACUUGAAAACCUACUCAGAUUUAUUGCAGCUCCAAAAUACGUUUCGGUCACAGUUCUCUCAUCUACGAAGAACCGAAUUAGACGGAUGUGAUUUGAGUCACUUUUCUCAGGCUAAAUGCACUAGAUCCAAGCAAAAACCUCACAAUUCAGGUACUACUAAUAGUUUGAGACGUUUCACUCUCUGUGCCCCGUGUAUUUACGUCACUGAAGGGUGUUUUCAGCCCACAGUAACCGUGCGAACAUCGUUUCAUGACAGUUCUUUCUUUAGGAGUAUUUCAUGGUAGCUGGAUUGUAACUGAAAUAGUGAGUGCUACAUUGUUUGAGUUCCUGGUCUUUUUUUGGACCAGUUUGUUGAAAACGGUGCUUAGUUGAGAAGAGUU